AUGGCUGUUCAUGGGGACGAAUGGCUGUUCAUGGGGACGAGAGCCCAGCAAGCAGACUCCCAUAAACGCAAACACUGUGACUUUAAGCUUUGCCCUAUGAUCCACAGCCAUCUGAAACUUCGGAGGAUCAUGGAGUCUCACAGGAGCCACAACCCCAUCUUGUGGAUAGUUAUUCUGUCUUGGAGCAUCAUCUGCGUACAUUUGUUAACCACAUCAGCUGAGUGGCAUGGAGACCUGUCAGACUAUGAGUUGGCCAGCUUUGACAAUCCUGAUAUUUUGGAUGAACCCCAAAUACGCGCAUCAAAGUUCAAUCAUUUUACCUUGAGUGACCAUGGCGAUGUGUACGUUGGAGCUGUCAAUUGGUUGUACAGGUUGGACAGUAGUUUGAAAGAGAUGCAGAAUAUUACAACCUGUGAUGCCAGCAGGCCAGAUGUGAUGCCCUGCCCCCUUACAAAUAACUACAACAAGAUACUGGUAGUUGAUAGUACCCGGCCAAACAGUUUGAUAACCUGUGGUGGUGUGUAUGAAGGUAUUUGUCAGUUACGACAGUUACAGGAUAUCAGUAACGUGUUACUGCGGUCAGUUCCCUACGUUGCCGGGUUUGAGGAUGCAUCUACUGUUAGUUUGAUUGCUCCAGGAAGAGAUGGACAACAACUGCUCUAUGUGGCUGUUACGUUUACCUGGGAAAAUAUUGGAGGUCACGGAAACUUUCCAGCAAUUACAAGAAGACGCCUUGACAGCAAUCCCUUCUUAUCAGUAUCAUACUUGGAGGAUACGGUCUCUUACAAAUACGAGGCAAUUGUGGACUUUCAUACCAUAAAGUAUGUUAUGCCUUUUGAACAUUAUGAAUUCACAUAUUUCGUUGCCUCCCAGAAGGAGGAUUUGAAUUCUGCGCACUUUGUUUCAAAGAUCAACAGAGUAUGUCAGGUCGGUCCAAACCUAGACGCUUAUACAGAAAUUACCCUACAGUGCAGUGGAUCCGAUGGCAGUGUGUACAGCUUGGUGCAAGCAGCUCACUUUGGACCAGCAGGACCUGAUCUAGCGGCAUCAUUGGGUCUCCAUGCAGACGAGCAGGUGCUGUAUGCUGUGUUUGCCAAGAACCAAGGAGCUCCGGGUACCAGUGAUGUACCCACUAAUCACUCAGCAUUGUGUGUGUACAGGAUGACGGAUAUCUUGGAUGCCUUCAGAGAAGCAGUGCGGGGAUGUAUUCAGGAUGGGGACAAUUAUGGUGGCCGUGGGCCAAACAAGAUUAACUAUUUGGAGGGUUCUUUUUGCAGACCAUUCGUGAUUCCCAUUCUGGAUCGCUAUUUCUGCAUACCCAUGACCAAUGAUGCUGCUCAAACGCCAGUAUUCAAGUACGCCAAGGGCAUAGACCCCGUUCCAUCCACGGCAAUUCUAGAGCUGCCUGGUACUCUCAUGUCAUCAAUCAUAACCACUAUAGAAGUCAACCACACCAUCGCUUUAAUCGGAACAUCGACAGGAGAUCUACUCAAGGUUCACAUUGAAAGUAACACUAACGGUCGACUGUAUGAACGCAUCGGCGUAGAUACCAGUCCAGUUCUGCAGGAUAUCAAGGUGAAUGACACGACUCGCGUGCUAUUUCUGUUGACGGAACAAAAGUUGGUGAAGAUGCACGUGGAGAAUUGUAGCCAAUACACUACGUGCGAAACGUGUAUUGGGACUGAUGCAGGGAAUGAUGGAGACCCAUAUUGUGGAUGGUGCACUCUGGAACGAAGAUGUACGACAUAUUCAGACUGUCCAUCAGCUGAUGUCUCUACUCGAUGGUUGGCCUACAAUGCUGCUCAGUGCAUUGAUAUUACUGAUGUAGCUCCCUAUGAUAACCUGCCAAUUACAGUCACUGAGCAACAGAUCACCCUGACUGUGCAGCAGUUACCUGAUCUAGGGACAGGCCAGAGUUAUGCAUGUCAUUUCGGGUCAUUCGAAUCUCCAGCUACGAAGAAUGGUGAAGCGCUAGAGUGUACGUCACCUCCUAGUGAUGAGGUACCUGUCAUUCCGCAUGGAGAUGAUGCAGUAUACGUAGAUUUGGGUGUCGAGUCGACCGAAACUUCAGAUCAUUUCGUACACACCGUCUUCUACUUCUACGAGUGUUCAACUCACACUUCUUGUGUAUCCUGCGUUGGUAGUCGCUGGGCAUGCGAUUGGUGCGUGUUUGAGAACAGAUGUACUCAUGAUAGCUCCACAUGCACACAAGCUUAUGAAAUCAUCGUUCCCGGAGAUAACAAUCCAGCCGCUUCUGCAGUCAAAGGACCUGAGUUUUGCCCUCAACUGCUGAACCAGAAUGCUGAAGCUCUGCUUCCUAAUAACAUUAUGAGGAGAAUAACUGUCUCGACUAAAAACCUGCCAAACGAAACUGAGAUUUCUAGCUAUCAGUGUAGCUUAGAUGUAGAAGGAUCACCUCAGGUUGUUAAUGCAGACCGCAAUGGAGAUUUAAUUACUUGCAGAGAUAAGGCUUAUACCUACCUCUCCAACGAUCCAGAGAUGGAAGCGAAACUGACUGUUUCAUGGACUGACACAAGCGGUGUUGCGCACAUCCUGGAUGACAUACAUGGAUUUAAUGUUUCAUUGUACAAGUGUGAAGUCCAGAAGCCAGACUGCAGCCGCUGUGUUACAGCCCGCCCAGCGCUUGACUGUGUUUGGUGUGGUGCCAUGCCGAGCGAGUCUGGUGUUUGUAAACCAGGUGAAAUUUGCAUCGAAAAUAUGGUGACUUUGGAUAACGGAUUGAAUUGCCCUAAUCCAUCUCUGAGUAAGGUAUUUCCCUUGACUGGGCCCAUUGAAGGCAACACAGUCAUAGAUGUGAUGGGAACUGAUAUCGGUCGGAGAUUUGAGGAUGUCGUGUCAGUGAUGGUUGGCAAUCAGCCCUGUGAUCUGGCUGGAUUAAACUCAGACUACCAAACUGGAGCAAGUGUCAGCUGCAGAACGAGAGCAGAAAGUGAAGGAGCCGAGCUGGUUACUUUGAAAGUCACGGGUGCAGAUGGUACAAUGCAACACAGCUCAGGAAUGGUCAACUUUAACUUCAGAGACCCGACGAUUACAGAUUUCCAACCCCGCCUCGGCCCUGAAGCCGGUGGGACGACAGUUAGUGUGAAUGGUGCGGCCCUCAACACAGGACGCGAUAUUGAAGCGUUUAUCGGCGACAAUCCUUGCAACAUAACAGGCCACUCAGUUGAAUCCAUGCUAGAAUGUACAACCACUGCUGGCCAAGUUGGAUAUCAAGGUGCUGUGAAAGUCUCCUUUGAUGGGGCCAUGAGAACCUCAUCAGAUAUGUACACUUACAGUGAGAAUCCUACCAUUGCUGGUGUGUCUCCUCUGAAAAGCAUCGUUUCGGGUGGUCGAAUGUUGACGGUUACUGGCACUUUGCUAAACACAAGCAGAAACCGUCAAAUCUUCGUCACUUCUGGAAAUGGUAAUCUUAAAGAGGAAUGUCGAGGUGGAUCUGCAACGAGCAUGGAGUGCCGGUCUCCUAACAUAACAGACCUCAACAUGAGGAAUAAAAAGUUGACCUUUGGCUUCAUCAUGGAUGGGGUCACUCAACUGUUGACAUGGUCUCAGGAUAACGAUGUCGACUUGGAGUACUUUGAGGAUCCAGUGUAUUACAAAUUUGGAGGCGGCAUGAAGGACAAAGAAGGAGAAACCUUGCGAAUUACGGGCGAGCGGAUUGACAGCGCUAUCACAGAGGGAGAAAUUGUCGUGAGGAUCGGCGAAGAGAGCUGUCCCAUUAUCCUGUUCAGUGCGACAACACUCGUAUGUGAAUUGCCCGAUGAGGCACCAGCAGCCGGUGACUACAUGGGAGGAGAUACCGGGAAAAGUCUGCCUGUGGUAUGGGUUUUCCACAAUAACUUAAAAUCUCGGUUGGGCUACUUGGUCUAUCCCACGGUGCCAAUUGUCGCUAUACUUGUACCGAGUUUGACCAUCCUACUCUCCAUGGCGAUACUUCUCCCUGCUACCUUCGUGUACUGCAGACAAUUGCGAAGGAAGCGCACCCAUGACCGAAGACUGUUGGGCAGGAUAGUUGCGAUUCAUCUCGAAAUUGACUCCCACGUCAAAAGACGCAGGGGGUAUAGAUCCCAGAAACAUUCGGAAUCUGCUCAGCCAAAACAAAAGCGCAUUGUCCUGAACAACAAGGUCAGCUUCGUUCCCGACGACAUUCAUAUCGACUUCAGCCAACUGGAAUUGGGAGAAACUCUCGGACAAGGUGCAUUUGGGCGUGUACUGAAAGCUGUUCUACACGAUACGUCCGGGGAAGAUCAAAUUGUGGCAGUGAAGACAGUGCAAGACACCUCGGACCCGAAAAAUGUGGUGAAGUUUUUGGAGGAAGGCCUGGUCAUGAAAACUUUCGACCAUGUAAACGUGCUGGGGCUUCUGGGGUUGACCUUUGACGCAGACAAACACCCCUUGGUGGUGAUACCCUUCAUGGCAAACGGUGACCUCAAGACAUAUCUGGUUAAGAAGAAACAGCACAAGUUUGUCCACAGAGAUCUUGCGGCCAGAAAUUGCAUGGUGGAUAGUGAUCUUCUGGUGAAGAUAGCUGAUUUUGGACUAUCCCGUGACAUGCACAAUUCGGAUUACUACACAAGCGGUGAUGUCCAGGCUAAGCUGCCUAUCAAAUGGAUGGCUCCCGAGUCCAUGGAACGUCGAGUGUACAACGCCAGGACUGACGUGUGGUCAUACGGUGUGCUCCUGUGGGAGAUUUUCAGUAGGGGUGCAAGACCGUACCAAGCAAUACCCAACCAAGACGUGUAUGAUUUCUUGAAGAGUGGUCAACGCAUUGAUGCUCCCAAGAACUGCCCGCCAGAAAUCUACGGCAUAAUGGUACGUUGCUGGCAGGACAAUCCCAAGUCACGUUGCACCUUCGUCCAAGUUGCCAACGAGCUGGAAGAACUGUUGGAGGGGGACCGCGACUACGUAGCAGCUCCUAGUGCGGAUGUGGUUGGUAUGGGACCCAUCAAACAUCGCGAAGAACCUGGUGUCACAGACGACAGCUUUCUGGUCCCGAUGCAGCAGGAGACCGCCUUUGGUGCUGACGGCCCGUGUAGUGACGGAGAAACCAGCGGGAGCUAUGCGACCGCCGCUCAUGAUCCCUUGGAUUAUGUCAAUGAAAUUGUCAUUAGAUAAGUGCCGUGCGCAUUCCCCGAUAAGAGAUAUCCGAAAA